AUGAAAGACUUGGAUACGAUUGCUUUAGAAUGGAAUCUGCAUAGAAUUACGAAAUCCCGUAAUUCUAUUUCUCCACGUGGCCGCCCUACUUUACUGUUUCACAAUCCACAACAGUUUCACACCAAGGACUACAUUCACAGUGCUUCCAGUGGAGACAUUGAUCGAUGGAUCUCCUUAAUCCCUAUUCCUGAAGUCACAUCCGAUAAGGACGUAUACGAUCUAGCCUCAAUUGUAUUGGAGGAAAAACAGUGGAAUAAACCACAGGAUGUCAUUACAGCGAGGGAACUGUAUAUACAGCUAAGAAUUACAAUACUUAACUUGCUCAGAAGGCCUUCAUAG